AUGAGGCUCGCUGUUGGACUCUGUGGACUCAUUUUUGUCUUUUUAUUCAGCCAAACUGAGCAGGCCAAGAAGGACACAGUUUCUAAAGUAACAGACUGCAGUGAUGUAAAGAGAACAAAUCCUCAGGCAUCCAGCGGUGUUUUUGGGAUCCAACCAAAUGGGGUCAAAGCACCAUUUAAGGUCUACUGUGAGAUGCGCUCUGAUGGAGGAUGGACAGUUUUCCAAAGACGCAGAGGACCAACGCUGAAGUUUGACAGAGUUUGGGCUGCCUACAAGAAAGGUUUUGGGAACCCCACACAGGACCACUGGCUUGGACUCAGAAAGAUUUUUGCGUUGUCAAAAAACAAGACCAAAAAAUGGAAGCUGAGAGUGGAUUUAUGGGACCAUGAAGGAAACACGGCAUUUGCAGAGUACAGUCAUUUCAAACUGGGAAAUGACAAGUCAGGCUUCAAGCUACAUGUUAAAAAGUACAACGGCACAGCAGGUGACGCCAUUCGUGGAGUGUACAAAGGAAUUGAUCAGAAUGGCUUUGGUUUCAGCACCAUAGACAGGGACAAUGAUGGAUGUCGCCCUUGCAUCUUUGGGGACAUAGCCCAGGAGGAGUGUGCUGCUUCAGAAGGAGGAGGCUGGUGGUUUAGUCGAUGUGGUUUUGGACCAUCAAAGCAGUCAAUUGCACUGGUGAAGGCGUUGCCAAACUUAUUCCCAACACCUGUGGGUCCACCCAAGAAGUUGGGAAAUGAAAGUGAGGCUUUGCUUCACAUCCUUGAGCCUUCAGACUAG